GUUCACCGGCGACUUGGCGAAUCCGCUCGAAUUGCAUUGAAGAGUUCAACAAGACCAACUAUAAUUUCAAAGUCCUCGAGAUUCGUCCGUCCUCGGGUAUACUCAAGCCGAAUGUUUCCAUAGAAUUAGUAGAAGAUACCCCAGAAGCUGUACUCGUCAAGGAAGAGCUUGCUUUUACUCUCGUUAUGCCGGCCUUUGACCCGCGACGGAGAAGUUCUCUUACAUCGUCAAGUAGUGUCUUCUCCCCUUCCCUCCCACUGCAAGCCUUCAGUCGUGUUCAUACGCAUGGGGCGGCUCUUUCGGUAGAGUAUCUCGACUUUGGCCACGUCAAAGCGGGUGCGACGGUCCAUCGUAUAACAGUACUGGUGAACUACACCGAGGAUAUGGUCAUGCACUACAGGUGGGAUCUUCGCGGUUUGCUGCAACCUGAUGGCGGGUCCAGCAGGAUGGUCGUCCGGCCAGAAGAGGGUGUGAUCGCGCCCAAGAGCAGCCAGAUCGUGGUCUUUACGUUGGGUCGAGUUGAUGCUGAAAAUGAUGAUAAUGAAGUUGCUAUGAUAGCGAUAGAUGGGGAGGUUGAGUGCUCGAUAGUGUCCUGGACGCCUUGUGAUGAGAUGAACGAUAACAAUUUGACCAGUUAUAGUGAUGACCCGACCGCUGAUCAGUACGUGUAG